UUCAACCAUCAUGAACAAAACGUUAGCAGUGCUGCUCCCAUCUCCAACAAAUUAUUAUUAAAAUUUUUGCAGUCAACAAUUUUUGAGAAUAAACGCGAAAACGUUUCGUCAAACUAACAAAACAUUAAACCAAAGUCUGCGCAAUUACAUUUCGCAUACAGAGCUAAACCCAAAACACAGCAAUUAGCAAAAAAUGGCACGCGGACACCAGAAGAUCCAGUCACAGGCCAAGGCGGCCGACAAGCAGGCCAAGAUGAAGAAGCAACAGGGCCACAGCGCCACCGACCAAAAGAAGGCGGCCCAAAAGGCGCUCGUCCAUGUGUGCGCCGUCUGCAAGUCGCAAAUGCCCGAUCCCAAGACGUACAAGCAACACUUUGAGAACAAGCAUCCCAAGAACGACAUGCCCGAGGAGCUGAAGGAUGUCUGAGACGACGCGAAACGACACCAAUGUAUAUCAACGGAAACUGAAUCGACGAGUUGCCUACCAGUACGAAAUCUUAGCAACAAUAACUUUACAUCAACCAGAACCACAAUCAGCCCAACCAAUGGAGACCUUCUUGGGAGACGACUUAUUGCCAAUGCAAGAAACGCAGCUGAAUUUUUUGUAUACAUACUGCUAACAUUUUGAUUUUGGUUUAGAUUUUUGAAUUGGAUUUGGAAUUGAAAUUGGAAUUGCCACGAGUAUGUGUAUACAAUUGUUUAAAGAAUGGCUUACAAAAUUAUACAAUACAAUACAAGACAAAACCAACACAUAGCAUAA